CAGCUGAGUACAGUGCGGAAUCGCAGCCUUUAAUUUUUCUCAUCUGACAUUUUCUUACUGCUGGAAUCGUUAGGAUCUUCCCAGAGGAGGUUUCCACGUCGAAGAUAUCACGUCGAAAGUCCAUAGUCGAUAUUGCUCCUGAUGUACAAGAAUCGAUAUGAGAAUAGUGAUUGCGCAUGGUUGUUCAAUUAAAGCUACCUUCACCAUCAUGCACUUGGAUAUGAAGUCAGUUUACACUGUAUGGAUCGAUGGACUGAAUUUUCAUCUAUAGUACAGUCUGCCUUGGGGAUGCGCUGUUACGUGGACAAACAAUUUAUUUUUUCUUUCUUUUUAUCUCUUAUACAUAUUAGCUCAGCCAGGGUGCUAGAUCGAAAUUUCAUUUGGCCAGACACGCUUUUGUGGUAAAAAUAAAUGAAGUGGGUUGCAACUACCCUCUGCUGUACGUGCGGGCAUUCGUAUUUACCGUACAAGUAUGUCGGAUGCACUUUGGCACUUGGGGAAUUUUUUUUUGAAAUACUAAGGGUGCUGCCAUGCCAUUAUGAAAGGGUGAAAUAUACUGUCCGGGAUACGUCGAGGCGCGCUGGAACUUUAUGGAGACGUCAGGCGUCGCGACGGGGACGCCAACAGGACGCGUGCUCAUUUCAGUAAAAUUAGAGAAAAUAACGUGACUGCGUCAUACCGGCAGACACUCGAAUGAACUCCGGGGAAAAUUCGUUACGUGCCAUGGCAUCUUGAGAGACCGAAGGACCAAGAAAAUAACAUCACCUUAAUGAACAUCUGGACGGCUAUCCGGGAUCCGGAAGAUUUUCAAGAAAAUAAUGAACAGACGAAGCUAUUGCGCAAAUAUCAAUCGCAUCAAGGAUUCCCUUCUUCAAUGGAUUUGCGAAAAACACGCGACCAACAGUCCUCUCGAUCGGGAUCUUCUUAGACAGAGAGCAAUUGAUCUGGCUGAUCAUUUUGGAGUGAAGAAUUUCAAGUGCUCCAAUAUUUGGCUGACUGUUUUCUUAAAGAAAUAUGGCUUCUCCGCGACUCUGACAAACUGCUGUGGACCCACCUUCACGGAUUACAGGAAAUGGGUGGACCUAUUGAGAUCAUUGAUAACCCAAUAUAGAUACAAGGAUCUUUUUCACGUUGACGAGAUGAUCAUGUACGUCAAUGUAUCCCCUGGGAUGCUUCCUGCUCGUGGCGAUGCUGUCAUGGACCUAAAUAAGAAGGACAAGAUGGCCGUGCUCAUGUGCUGCAAUUCAUCCGGAACGGAAAAGAUGGCACUAUUGAUUUCCGGUGGAUGGAAGAGCUCGAUAAUAAAGGAAGAUUAUCGUUACCGUUACGACGAAGGCUCGACGAUAAGCAUGGAAUCUUUUAGCGAUUGGUUGUCACAGCUGAAUGACAGAAUGAUCCUGACCAAACGGAAGAUCCUUUUGCUGAUGCAGAGAAGCAGGAUACACAUUUUGAAGGAUCUUCAGUUGAGCAACGUCAACUUGAUAUUCUUUCCGAGGGACUUUCCCACGAAUUUACGUCCAUUGAGAAGAGACAUAUUUCAUUACGUCAAGAUGAUCUACAGAAGAAAUUAUGUUCGUCAUCUUGAGAAUAAUGACUUGAUGAAUUUAAGUGUCGACGAUGUACUUGAAAAUAUUGCGCAUGCGUGGAAGAGCGUUCCCAAGGAUUUAAUAGUGUCCAGUUUUCAAAGAACUUCGUUCAGAUCGGAUGACUGUCGCUUAAAUAUUGAUUACGAGGAAUGGAAUAAGCUGAACUUGAGUAUUUCGUUCAAGAAAUUUGUCACUUUUGAUGAUUCGCUUUCGGAUGAUUCCGUUGAAUUGUUUACCACUCCCAGAAGUGGAUGCAGCCACGUUCCAAUAACCAGUUAUGAAGAAACGAUAGAUUUAGAUUACUCGGAGGACAAGUCUGUCGUUGAAGAUAAUGCUGAUAGCAAUUUAGAUAAAGAUUGUAACGAUCUAAACACCCUUAGCAUAUCCACCAGCGAGGAUAGUUUAUCUGACAUGGAAAAUUGCAGUGACAUGAAGGAGAAGGAAAGGGAAGAAGAAAAAGAUACAAAUUCCACAAACAAAAAUCCAACAAUCAUCUCAAUACAGUCAUCAAAUAAAACUCAAAAUGCUUUUGAGGAUCCAUCACGCAUGAAUUUACCAAAUUUAUCAAAUUUUUUGGAAAACACUCACUUUCAUAAACUCAAUAAUUCUUGUGAAAUCGUUCCAGGAUUAUCCGGCAAUCCAGUAGAUCUCCAAGUGACUCCUGAGGAUGUCAAGAUUAACGAUAUACGAGGAGAGGAAAUCGAUUUUAUCAGUAACAAUUCUAAGGACAUUCCGCACGGUGCCGAAUGUCCUAAAAUCAGUGAAGAUCGUUCAUCUUCGAAAAGAAAGCAAAUUGGACCGUGCCAGGAGGAUGAAGCUACCGACGUGGAAGGACCUAUCGAUAAGCGAGCGAAAACGGACGACAGCUGCUCCCGAUUCUGCGAAAGAACCUUUGCCUUUCCCCCGAUCAAGCUGGACACUGUACCUAACCCAAGCUUAGGCAUAAUGGACGAGGUAAACGUGAUAGAGUGCACCGUUAAGCAGUCGACUAGUCCUGGACCCACGAAAACGAGUCCUAAUAUGGAUCCUGAGGGAAGAAGGUAUAUCCUCACGAUAAGCGACAGUUCCAGGAGUCAAUCGGAUUCUUCGAAAGAUUAACGAAGAGAAAAAAAGAUUCUCAAUCUCCAAAAUUAACCUAUCAAGAACAGUCCCUGAUCGAAUAAUUAUUUUCAAAAUAUCUUGACUGUACAUAGAAUUGAAAAUAAUUAUUUUACAUUUUUUUUAUAAUAAAAAUACUUUCAUCAUUCGAUUAAAAUUUCUCGAGAGAGAGAGAGAGAGAGAUCGUUAUCUUUAUUUAUUCUAAAGCUUAAAGUAGGUCGUACAUAAACACCUUGGGUGUUAUGCAACCCAAGGAUGCUGUGCUGAUCUAGUCUAGUCUUGAGUAAUGCGAAUUGGAUACCGCAGCAUGGACCAUAUAGAAUAGAAGCAAUGUACAUACCUGGUAAUCCUGUAGAAAUGUAUGUGCAAGUGAUGCUGUAUGAUUUACAGAUAGUGGCUCUUGUUCGAAAUGCACUUUAACGUGCGGGAUGGAAAUUAUUUAUGGUUGUAUCGUCACAGCAAAAAUAUACGUAUCGAUACCACGUGAGAUAUUUUUCAAUAAUUCCACACAACUUACUAUUCUGUAUUAGUAUUCAAAAAAGAAGUAAUGACAAUGGGUAAACAAAAAUUGACAGUAUAUUCAAAAUCUGUCUUGAUGUCAAAUUACUUCAUAUACAAUAUACAGUCUUUUGAUCAACUUUGAUUCUUUGACCUUUGCCUGAGGGAUCGAUAUACAUAUAUGUAUUCAGCCUUAUAUGCAUUAUUCUGCGUGUUAUGAUUUUAUUAAUUAUUCAUGAACGUAAUAUCGAGAAAAACAAGAGUUUAUUCCAAGCUGCUAGAAAAUGUUGGGGUUGUGUUUCGAUAUAUAUACAUAUAUUAUAUAAUAUUCCAGUAAAAUAUUAAUACGUCCAAUAUACCUCGAGGUCCAGUAGAUUUCAUAUAUGAUAUAUCGCCAAUAUAUCACGGUCCAGUUAAUAUAUACUGUUUGUAAUAAACACAUUAUAUUCGACGAUAACGUAUUAUCAAUAUUAUUCAUUAGUGUCAGAAUUCAUUGGCCUAAUCAAACACGUAACGAAUGCUGAUAAGAAAGCUCCUUGUUUCAGUAAAUCUUUCCAAAUGUUAUUAAAAAAAUAAUUUGUCGAUACAAGAUGAAGGAUUUUUCACUAUGAGCUACGUAGUAUCUGUUUCGAAUGGAUUGGUAUGUUUACGCGAAUUGAUAAUGCACCGCGUCUAGAACAAUGGCGAAUGCACAAUUGACUAUCACAAUGUAUAAUCUGGGGGAAGUUUAGAAUAGGAAUGUAUAGGUAUGAUAGCAAGCAAUUUGUCAUAUGCCAAUGAGGCCGGUGGUUGACAGGAGUAGAAUUAUGCGAAUGACAUAUACAACCCUUUAGGUUGGUUCAAUUGGUGACCAUUGAAAUUAUCUAAUGCAUUCAUCGCAGUCAGAUCGAUGACAACAAGAGAAGAUGGAUCGUAAAGAAUUCGAUAAAAGAAAUGUGGCAGAUAGACAUUCGGAGGAUUUAUCUGAAAUUUAAUAAAGUUCAGUUCUGAUUAAAGGACACAACUUUAAUUAAAGUGUCAAGGAUUGACUGAAGGUAAGGGAGUAAAAAAGGGCCACUCUGGUAACGGUCAAACUUGAAUUCCAACUACGCGUACGUAGACGUGAGCAUAUUGGAAAAUCCGAAAACUAUAAACGUUAAGCUGUAUACGCAUGAAAAAACAUAUAUUUACGGUACGUAGGUAGUUUUAGGAAAGUACAUACGAUUAUCGUUUUCCAAUUUUAACGGUAUUUACCGCCUUCGAUACGUAGCUUGUAUUAUUUAUGAGAAUCGAUUGCUGUUCUUAUGAAAAAUUAUCUUUACGAUACUUGCACACUGUCCUUGGUAUGAAUUCGCGUCUUCUCUUUUGGUGGCAGGGAAAUAGAAGAUAUUUAUGGGUUCUGUUCUCGUACUUCUGGAUCGAUAUAGGUUUUGGAUUCACCGGAAACUUAGGCAUUUGUGCUACUCCAAUCUGAU